AUGUGGGCGAAGUGUUAUAUUUUGUUGAUUGGUUAUUUUGUAACAGGAUCGAUUGCGGGUGACGUGUCAUUCAUCAAGCCAUGCAAACCGAGAGACAGUAAAUGUAUAGUAAAUUCUGCUAAAAUCGCCCUGCCUCAUGUAGUCAAGGGUUUGCCAGAGUUCGGUACACCAAGCCUUGAUCCUCUUCAUAUUAAUAAAGAAGUUAAAGCUGACACUGGAGAUUUGAAGAUAAGCUUCAAGAAUAUUGUCGUUCAUCGGUUGAGUGAAUGCGAUAUUAUCAAAAUAACCCGAGAUCCCGUAAAAUCUACUGCAAGCAUGGAAUUAGUUUGUCCUCUUACUAUUGAUGCCGAAUACAAAGCGGGUGGAAAACUAUUCUACAUAGAUGUUUAUGGAAAUGGACCCUUCAAUAUCAAGAAUGGUAAAAUAAAGCUCUCAAUUGAUCUCAAAAUCAAAUCUUUUGAAGACAAAAAAGGUAUAAAGCACUACAAGAUCGGAGGUUUCGAUUAUGAAUUCGAACCAACGGAACGUUUUGACAUCAAGUUGGACAACUUGUUCAACGGUGACAAGACACAAGCUGAUCCAAUCAACACAAUUAUCAGUGAAAGCUGGAAGGAGCUGAUAAUUGACGUCGGCAAACCACUUUUAAGGGAAGGCAUCCUGACAAUAGUAGACGGCAUUGAUAAAAUGUUCAAGGGAAUCGCCGCAGAACAUCUAGAACUCCCAGAAUAA